GAGGCCGCGGGGACAGUAUAGAGAGCGCACCUUGGAUGAGGUCCCGCAGCGACGCCCCAGCCCGCCCCGCUGCUCCUCCUCCUGCCAGGCCAAGUUGCCUCCCAUUUGGGGAUUUUUUUGUGGGUUUUCUUUCUCCUCCUCCAACCUCUGCGGAGGCCACGACUCAGGCGCCAAAGCCGGGAGCCGCCUCCAGGUGGGGCAGCCGCUUGCUGAAGUCAGCGAAACCGAGCCUGUCCUGGAGCAGGCUGCGCGGGAGGCCAAGGCCAUGGCCAUAGCCACGUCGGCCCUGCUGGCCCGGGCACUCUACGACAACGCUGCUGUCCCCCAGGAGCUGUCCUUCCGCCGAGGGGACGUCCUACGGGUACUGCAGAGGGAGGGUGCUGGUGGGCUGGACGGCUGGUGCCUCUGCUCCCUGCAUGGCCAGCAGGGCAUUGUGCCCGCCAACAGAGUGAAGCUCCUUCCUGAUGGCCCGGCACCCAAGCCCAGCCUCUCCCAGGUGCCUGGCUCACCAUAUCCAGCCAGAGCAAGCAAUGACCAGGAGGUUUAUGUGGUGCCACCCCCAGCCCGGCCCUGUCUGACCUCAGGAUCUCCAGCUGGACCCUGCCUGCCCUCCCCUGACCCCAUCUACAAGAUCCCCAGAGGCAGUGGGACCCAACUGGCUGCCCCUGGAGAUGGCUUGGAGGUCUACGAUGUGCCCCCCUCUGCCCUCCGAGUUCCCUCCAGUGGCCCGUAUGACUCCCCUGCCUCCUUUUCCCACCCUCUGGCCCGAGUCAUCGAAACCCCUGGAGAGGAUGAAGCUCCCUAUGAUGUGCCUCUGGCCCCGAAGCCACCGUCAGAGCUGGAGCCAGAUCUGGAGUGGGAGGAGGGCCGAGAGCCAGCCCCUCUCUAUGCUGCCCCCUCCAACCUGAAACGGGCAUGCCUGCUCAACCUGUACGAAGCACCAGAGGAACUGCUAACAAAUGAAGGUGGGGGCACUGACGAGGGCAUCUACGACGUGCCUCUGGGGCCAGAGACACCUCUUUCCAGAGCCCCUGAGAGCCUCAGCUCCCAGUGACACAGACACUUGGCACUGCUUCUGGCCAGAAGCCCUGCACCCUCUCACAGGCCCAGGUUGCCCUCUGCUGAAAGCCUGUCUCGCCGCCCUCUGCCUGCCCUGCCUGUCCUUGGCCCCAGUCCUUCCGCAGCUCCCUCUCCUGCUCCAGGCAGAAAGGGCAGCAUCCAGGACAGGCCUCUGCCACCCCCACCUCGCCUGUCUGGCUAUGGGGCUAAGGUUGAGGGGGAUCAGGGCCAGGAGGUGGAGGAUGACUCGGCAGAACACCACAAUGAGUAUGAGGGCAUCCGGAUGGCUGAGGAGUACGACUACGUCACCUGAAGGUGAGCUCACCUCCAGCCAGGUAUAGAUAAAGCUCAAGGAUCUAGGCCCCUGGAUAAGACCUUCCCUGGGGAGCCUGAAUUGUUGGAGAAGGGCCCACCAGAGCAGCAGGAGGUCCUGUCGGCAGGGGAGCCGCUGGUUCUGCCGGCCGGAGAUCUACAGCUUCUACACUUCUACGCAGGCCAGUGCCAGAGCCACUACUCUGCGCUGCAGGCGGCUGUGGCGGCCCUGAUGUCCAGCACCAGGGCCAAUCAGCCCCCACGCCUCUUUGUGCCCCAUGGCAAGCGGUUGGUGGUGGCUGCUCACCGCCUGGUGUUUGUUGGGGACACCCUGGGCCGGCUGGCAGCCUCUGCCGCUCUCCGAGCACAGGUUGGGGCUGCAGGUACAGCGCUGGGCCAGGAAUUGCGGGCUACUGUGCUCGCUGUCAAGGGGGCCGCUCUGGGCUACCCAUCUGGUUCCGCAGCACAAAAGAUGGCGCAGUGUGUGACACAGCUGGCUGGAAAGGCCCUGCAGUUCACCACCCUGCUCACCAGCCUGGCCCCCUGAGGCUCCCCUGGCCCUGCUCCGACUCUGCCCUGUCUGCCAGAGCCCCGCCCCAGCCUUUGAGCUGCUGGAGGGCUCUGUUCAGGCACUUGGAGGGGUGGGGAUAUACUUCCCGGUUCCUGCCCCUUCCGGUUAUGUCAGUCUCUCACAGAGGCAUCUCUUCCCCCACCCCACAGCUUUUUGUAUGAGCCAUUUUGUAUAAAUUAUUUUUAUUUAAUAUUAUUCCCUGCUUUGUCAGGAGCAGGUGCUAGGCCCUCUGGGGCAAAGAGGAGCUGGACUUUUCCUCCUCUCAGCCUGGGGCAGAGGCACUCAGUCACUGUGCUGCCGCCCACCUCUGGGAGCCUGGCCCUGCAGAGGGCCAGGUGGAUGAAAGCUGGGCCACGCUUUCUGGGCUGUAGAACAUCAGUGCCUCUCUGUUCGGUGAGAGUGAGGGCAGGAUGUGGAUUGCCCAGAAUGUGAACCUUGGGAGAAGGCAGAGGGCUCUUUCCCACAGGAAACUGGUGAGCGCUGGGCCUCAGGUGCUGGGCAGGCACCUCAAUAAACCGUACUGUCUGGU